UGGGACAACCAACGACCAAACUCCAACGCAAAAUCACUUCCCCUCCUCCCCCUUCCCGAAGCGGCGGCCUCCUCGCCCCUCCGGCGACCCUUCUCCGACCUCUCUGGCGGGGAAGGCUCGGCGUUUCUUGGCUUUCCGGCGGAGAGAUCCCACCUCUCUCGUCUUCCGUCCGCAAGAUCACGGUAUUACGGUCUGGAAAGAACCCCAAGAAACAAACCGCGAUCUCUGGAGGCCAGUCCCGAGCUACCGGCGGUUGAUUCGCGGUCGAUGCGAUCGCUUGACGUGGCGGGGGCGGAGAGGUCGGAUCAGCAAAACUGCAAGAAGCCGCGUCUCCAGACGGAGAUGCCCCUAGCCGGCUCCAUCGUCGCCGGCAGCAGCGGCGACUGCGGAGGCAUUGAAGAAUCCGGUGGGUCUCUCAGCAUGCGGGUGGAGGAUAUCGUGCAGCACCCCCUGCCAGGCUACGGGGCGCCGGUGGCGCUCAGCUUUAGCCCCGACGACCGGCGAAUAGCCUUCUUGUACAGCCCCGACGGCACGCUCCACCGCAAAGUGUUCACCUUCGAUCCCGCCAAGGCCCGCCACCGCCAGGAGCUGCUCUUCGCCCCUCCUGACGGCGGCGGGCUCGAGGAGGGCAAUCUAUCCGCCGAGGAGCGGCUACGCCGCGAGCGUUCCCGGGAGCGUGGCCUUGGGGUCACUCGGUACGAGUGGCGUGCCCGUCGGUCUGGCGGCCCCUCUUCUCGUGCGGGCAUUGUCGUGCCUCUCCCCUCAGGGGUUUACUUUCAGGACCUGUCUGGCUCUGAACCAGUACUCAUGCUACAAAGUUCUUCCACAUCACCAAUUAUUGACCCACAUCUAUCUCCCGAUGGGACCAUGAUUGCAUAUGUCAGGGAUGAUGAACUGCAGUGCAAGAUAUAUAACUUCGGUUUUGAUGAUGGCGAAACUAGGCAAUUGACCUACGGUGCAAGAGAAAGUGGAAAGGUCCAUGGACUUGCUGAAUAUAUUGCGCAGGAAGAGAUGGAAAGGAAGAUGGGAUUUUGGUGGUCUCCUGAUAGUAAACACCUUGCAUUUACUGAAGUAGAUUCAUCUGCAAUUCCACUAUACAGAAUUAUGCAUCAGGGCAAAAAUUCUGUUGGUUUAGAUGCUCAAGAAGAUCAUGCUUACCCCUUUGCUGGAGCAGCUAAUGUUAAAGUGCGACUGGGAGUUGUUCCUUCCAGUGGAGGAGAAGUAACUUGGAUGGAUCUCCUUUGUGGAGAACCAAAUGGAGCACAUGGCGAUGAAGAAUAUCUUGCUAGGGUUAACUGGAUGCAUCAUAAUGCUCUUGCUGUUCAAGUUCUCAAUAGAGCUCACACAAAACUUAAGCUCCUCAAGUUUGAUAUUGGCACUGGUAAAAGGGAAGUCUUACUCGAAGAAGAGCAUGCUAUAUGGAUAACAUUACAUGAUUGUUUCACUCCUCUAGACAGUGGAGUGAGUAGUAAACAUCCAGGUGGGUUUAUUUGGGCCAGUGAGAAGACAGGAUUUAGACACUUAUAUCUUCAUGACAAGAAUGGUGAGUGCUUAGGCCCUAUCACGCAAGGUGAUUGGUUGGUCGACCAAAUUGCUGGUGUCAAUGAGAGUUCUGGACUUGUAUAUUUUACUGGAACACUGGAUGGACCAUUGGAGACAAAUCUGUACUGCACCAAUCUCUUUCCUGAUUGUAGCCUUCCAUUACAGGCCCCAAAGAGGUUGACUCGUGGAACUGGACGACAUUCAGUAAUUCUUGACCAUCAGUUGCUAAGGUUUAUUGAUGUGUAUGACUCAGUAAAAUCACCACCUGUGAUCCUGCUGUGUUCUUUGCUUGAUGGAAGUGUACUAAUGCCUCUGUAUGAGCAGCCACUAACAGUUCAGCCACUUAAAAAGUUUCAGCAGCUGGCUCCAGAGAUGGUCCAGUUUACAGGAAAGGAUGGGACUUCAUUUUAUGGAACUCUCUAUCUUCCCGAUGAGAAGAAAUAUGGACCGCCUCCCUACAAAACACUUGUUAAUGUUUAUGGUGGUCCCAGUGUCCAGCUCGUUAGUGAUUCAUGGAUUAGCACUGUUGACAUGAGGGCUCAGUAUCUGCGAAGUAAGGGAAUAUUGGUCUGGAAGAUGGACAACCGGGGAUCUGCAAGACGAGGUUUGCAUUUUGAGGGACAGCUUAAGUACAACAUUGGCCGUGUCGAUGCUGAGGAUCAACUAGCUGGUACUGAGUGGUUAAUAAAGCAAGGCCUUGCGAAGCCUGGACAUAUUGGUUUGUAUGGCUGGAGUUACGGUGGUUUUCUAUCAGCAAUGUGCCUAUCGAGGUUUCCCGACACGUUCUGCUGCGCCGUGUCUGGUGCCCCAGUGACUGCAUGGGACGGGUAUGAUACCUUCUACACAGAGAAGUACCUGGGACUGCCCUCGGAGCAUAGCGAUGCUUACGAGUACGGGUCAAUCAUGCACCAUGUGAAGAAUCUCAAGGGGAAGCUGCUCCUCAUCCAUGGGAUGAUUGACGAGAACGUGCAUUUCAGGCACACGGCUAGGCUCAUCAACAGUUUGAUGGCGGAACGCAAGUCGUACGAGAUCCUCCUCUUCCCUGAUGAGAGGCACAUGCCACGUCAGCUAGACGACCGGAUCUAUAUGGAGGAGAGGAUCUGGGAUUUUGUGGAGAGAAGCCUAUGAAGUUGCGUUGUAGAGAAAUCUGCCGUUGCCCUGUGUAACUUAAACGUGGGAUAGUUGGUAUGGUAUCGUGGACUUUAUUCAUUUCCCACCAUCUGUAUUUAUCCGCAAGUGCAGGGACAUGCAUGAUUCUUGCCCGUGAUAACGACCGUAAUGGUCAGCUGCUCUGGUUGCAGAGUGAAUAAUCCAAUUUUUUCAUGUGA